ACAGAAAGAUUUAAUCUCAUCAGCAAAUCCUCACAAGGCUGCAUUUGUCGUAUCUUCACUCUCUCUCUGCCCGAGACCUUAAGACAUGCUGCAGUACCCUUUCAAAUUUGGAGCCACCUUAGUCCACUGGGCAUUUCUAAUGUUAGCAGUGACUUCCUGGAGUCUACCUCAUCCCUGCACACCAACACUCCCACUGGAUCAUGGCCAUGGUCUCCAAAUGAGAUUCUCUAAUUUUAGAUUGGAAUCAGGAGGAUCCAGAUGGGUUGCCACUUAUAACUAGUAUAAAUUUCAGCCCACAAGGAGAAGUGUGCAAGAAAUAGUAUGACAUUUUUUUAUGACGUCACUUAAUUUAUAUUUCAAGCCUUAAUCCUACUGGUGUCCUGUUUGGGUUUCCACUCAUCCCUGUUUGGAAAUCAUAGAAGGCAAAGGUUUUGAGGAUGGGGUGAGAGCAUGGCCACUGGUUAUUGGAGCACACAGUUGUAGGUUAGAUGUCCGUCAGCUCAGUUGCCAUGCCUCCAUCAGGUUUGGUGGCUCCUGUGCCAUGCAAGGGACAGGUUGCCACGAUUCUGCUUGUAUACCCAAUAUAGCCAUCUCCUCUUGGAGUUUUUGCCAGACUGACCCCUCCAGCCACAUUUGAGAGGCCCCUUUCCCCCCAUAAUGCACAGACAUCUCUCUGACAGCUAGCAUCUCACAACACUCUAGUAGGGUAAGAAGGGAAUUUCUAAUUUCAAAAAUUCUGCUUCUGUAAUGUUUCUGCUCAAGUAUCCCCUCUUUUCUACUGAGUUUGGGAUUUUAGAAAUAAAAGCCAAGAUUAUCGCAUGCUAUUGUUGCUUUCAGCCCUGCCACGCCCCUCCUCUGGCAACGAACAGAGUCUGCUACCCAUUUGAAUGCAGAAGGGAAAGGGUGAUAUAAAGGGAGAAAAAAAAAAUUAAACAGGAACAGAUUAACAUCUCAAAAUAUCCUGCCACAUUUGAAAGAUGUGAGAGUUGAAUUCAUGGGAGAGGUUCAAUUGGGAAAAAGGAAUUGUUCUUGAAAAUGCGGUCUCUGCAGUUGCAGAGGCUGUGUUGGAUGUAGGUCCACAGAAUGCUCUGAUGUCAUCGUUGAGGUCACUGCUGUGGGCCUGGCAACCUUUGAACCUUAACAGCCCUGCACUGUAGUAAGCCCUGGACAGUGCUGCUGGUUCACCAGGUGGUCUGAGUUCUUCAGCCAUUUAGAAGACUCAACUAUUUUUAUUUAUAUUGAAUCAUUUGAACGGAUUUCCUGAAAGCCAACCUGUGGGAAAGGGAGAAGCUGGACAUUAGGCAUCUUCUAAGGGACUCUUCAAACGGCUACUAUGAAACGGCGACAAAAGAGGAAACAUCUGGAAAAUGAAGAGUCCCAGGAAACUGCUGAGAAGGGAGGAGGCAUCUCGAAGUCACAAGAGGAUGACCCUCAGCUUGGAUCCACUGGGGUGGCCAAAGGCUUGGUCCUAGGGGUAGGGGAGGUCUCCUCUGCCUCCGAAUACUUCUCCUGUGUUUCUUCUCCACGCAAGCUCAUUCAUGGUGGAAUCCAGAGAUUACAUCGAGACAGUCCCCAGCCUACUUCACCCCUAGUCCAGGUUCAGGAACGAGGGGAGACUGCUCCCCCCUCACCACAUGUCUCCUUCUCGUCCCCUUCAUCCUAUAAGACCUGUGUGUCCUCUCUGUGUAUAAACAAAGAGGAAAGGGGCAUGAAAAUAUACUACAUGCAGGUACAAAUGAAAAAGGGUGUGGCUGUCUCCUGGGAGACAGAGGAAACUUCAGAGUCACUAGAAAAGCAGCCGAGGAUGGAAGAAGUGACCCUUCCUGAGGACGUGCGGGUAGGUACUCCCCCCUCUGAUAUUUCCACCAGAAACCUCCUGUCUGACAGCGACCCCAGUGGGGAGGAGAAAGAGCAUGAGGAAAGGGCAGAGUCAAACAGCCCACCAGUGUCGCCCGCAGUCGAGGAGAGACCCAGGGCCAAGACGCCUGACUGGCUGGUGACCAUGGAGAGGGGCUUCAGGUGCAUGGCCUGCUGCCGGGUCUUCUCCACCUUGGAGCUCCUCCAGGAGCACGUGAAGUUUGGGAUCAGGGAGGGCUUCAGCUGCCACGUCUUUCAUCUCACCAUGGCUCAGCUGACAGGCAUUGUGGAAUCAGAGAGCGCCCAGGAGAAGAAGCAGGAAGAGAAUGAGAAAGAGAAAGAGAAGCAAGAAGAAAAGGAGAAUGAGGAGGAGCAGCCCGCAGGGGAAGACCUUGGCAUGAGGAGACCCCGGAGCCAACGUCCAGGCUGUGUGUUUCAUUCUCCAAAGGACAGGAACAACUGAGAUUCAUGGGCCAGAAGAUCCUGGAAGAUGGUGUGGCCUUCUCUUGGGAGAGGUAAGGCCUGAGGUUGGCAUAGUCUUCUGAGCCUAUGUCACGAGGUCCCAGAGGAAUCUAAGAGAAGGGUCUGCAAGGCUGCACUGUGUUACCUGGUGGCUCUGCAGCCGCAUCAACUUGUGGCAUACCCAAUGCUUUGGGGGAAUUGACCUCUGUUUACUUAAGCUAGAAAGUGGAGAGUUUUGACUGGGAGUUUUCUCAGUGUCUCUAUGAUUGAACUCAACUUUAAGAGGAAAUACUGCCUGCAGCCCUUCUAGGCAGAUGUGAGAGCUCAGCACAACCUCAAGGGCCAGGAGUGGUCUGAGGUGAGGACAAGGGGCCUAGCAGGGCCAGAGGUUUGAGGCCUGAGAGCCUUCAGCCUGAGCUUGGAUCUCACCCUGACCCACGGACAUAGCCUUUUGGGAGAAAGGGGAAUGUGUAGAAGGAGAAACAUGGAAAUGAUGUCCCAGGAGAUCUAGAAAUGUUCCAGAAACUUCAGCUGUCUGUAGUUGAUCUCGAAACAAACUCGCUGUGGGGUGAGAGGCUCUGAGCUUUAAGACAAAGGUGAAGGGUAACUCUGACUAGCAGAGCUCACAUCGCUUCUUGUCUCUUCUUGU